AGAACUCCCCUACUUUUGCAGUCAAGCACUGUCGGACAUCCCUUGGAUUCUCGCACCGCAUGCUCGUCGCGGUGCAUUCGAGCCCACACGAACACCUGCACAAGCUUUCAAAACCAACCCUGUACUCCAUCACGACAGGUCCAUUGAAUCCUCCUGGCUCAUGUGGUAGCUUACACCUCCCCAAGUGCAAGCGGGCAGCCGUGGGGUCGUGGGUUUCGGCCUCAUCCCCGAAGGUCCCCGAGAAUAGGUCAUGCGUCUCACGACCAUCCUUCCUACUAGUGCUUACCCCUAAUGUAGCGCACCUAUUCAAGUUGCCCCCAGUUACCGCUGCACUUGUCGUCGGGCACCAGGUCGGGCACGCCACUUGAGCGACCGUAUUUGCGGAAAAGCUUCACAGGGUAAUUGUACAUAAGUUGUAACUUGAAACAACUCAUAGAGCGUGGUCGCCUUGCACACGCAACAUCGCGGGCAGAGGACGGCUCGCUUUCUUGUUCUGUGGUGUUUUAAAGUCGCUAUUGCGCAUGUUCAUAAUCUCAUCCAGGUAGCUGCUUUUAGUGUCACCCCGAGGUGCUGUCGAGCUACUUGCCCCGCGUGCGGAGUACAUUCGGGUACUGGGAACGCAUUCGUGCGCCAUUCCGAGCGCGAGGCCGCUUGUGCCUCAAUCGAAGUGUGUACGCCUCACCCCAGCGAGCAAUCAAGUAACUCAGGCCCUACACGGCUUUCAGCACCAUGACCGUGGAAGGGGCACCGCCGGAGCCGGUGCCCAGCCUGCCUCUGAGCGCCCACGAGCGCACGGGCCUCACACUCCGCGACCGGUGCCGCCUGCGCGACAACCUCAUGUCUCCUGAACUGGUCGGCGAGCAGUCGCCCGAGCAGCUGCUGGAGUCGCUGCAUGCGCGAACACUACUCAAGGACCAGGGCUCCCACUUCUGGCGGGCCGCUCCGCAGCCCACCGCGCCGUCCCUGUCUGACGCAGCCCCUGAUGCCGCCGCCGCCGCCGCUAACGCUGCCGCCACCGGCGCCAGCCCCGGUCCCGUCCCGGCCUCGGCUUCCGCCCUCACCAUCGCACCCACCAGCCCCAUCCAGUUCUACGCCGACCUCAGUCCGGACCAGCUCGUCGGCGCAGCCGUGUCUCAUGCCACCGACAAGCCUGGCGCGCUGCGUGAGGUCUUCGCCGCUGCCCUGCUGCACGGCGACACAGACACGCUCGCGCUGCUCGCCAGCCACCCGCUCGCCAAGCACGAGCGGGCCCGGCCGCAGCGCUACGGCCCCCUGCUCGCCGACCUGGCGGUGCUCCUGGUCCGGGGUGAAGUUGACUCCGGCCUGGUUGACUGGAUGUUCAAAUCCAGCGGCGGCGCCUUCAGCAGCUGGCUGGGCUCUGACGUGCCCUAUCUGGCAGUAGCGGUGGCAGAGCGCGAGGAGGCGCGGCAGGCAGCAAAGGAGGGCGUCGCGGCGGGCGUCGCGGCCGCGCGUGCGGCGCGCGCGCGGCGCAGCAGCAGCGGCGGCGGCGGCGGCGCGUGCAGCCGCGGCAGCAGCCUGGGCGGCAGCACGGUGCACCGCAGCCGUCUGGUGGAGCUGCUUGAGGUCUUUCACGUGUUGGGGUUCGCGUUCGCGGAGGAUGGCGGCACGUUUCUCCGAGCGCUGGACCUGUACUCGAGGGACAAGGUGGAUGAAGAGCUGUUGGACUGGCUGCUGUCCGAGGACUGCAGCACUGGACCGGCGGGCUGGGCGCACGUGGUGGCGGUGCGCCUGCACGACCCCCGCCCGCCGCCGGCGUUCGGCGGCCACACCGCUCUGGCCUAUCUGGAGCGGCGGAAGCUGGCGCCGGGGCCGGACGCACUGGCUCUCACGUACCGGGCAUCGCGGGACGUGUUUGAGGGCUUCGUGUCGUACCUUGUGGUGCAGCACCGCUGCCCGCACGCCCCCGCCCGCCUGUACCAGCUGGCACUGGCGGCCGACCGCGCCAACAAGCUCGCGGGCGGCGGCGGCGGUGGCGGUGGUAGCGGCGGUGGCGGUGGCGGUCGGGCGGAGUGGCUAAGUCAGCAGGGCCUUGCUCCGGGCUGGUGCGCCAUGCUCAAGGGGCUACAGCUGUGUGGCUGCUUCGGCGCACACAUAGAUCUGGAUCCAGAUGUUGUGGCCGUGCACGCCGGAAUCCAGCAGCAGAUGGAUCUCAUCCCGGCUCAGGCCCUCAACGCCCCCGGGCUGCGCGGCUAUGCGCAGGGGCUGUUGGAUCGUGCCCUGCUGCAGGAUGCUUGAGGGAAGCUGCGCGUGCGUAAGUUGGCAUAGC